AUGUCAUCGCCAAAAAUCAGCACAAGCAAGAUUGCCGCACGGCGUCUACACGCAACGGUACAGCACCUAAAGCCUGCGACGACGUCUGCUGCUUCGACCCCGGAGUCAUUCCCCACGUCCCACGAACCCAUCUCCGCACCGAUCGACACCACCAACUUCCUGGACAACAAGUUCGUCGAGUCCAAGGCCACAAAAUGGAUAGACCUGUACGACCCGGCGACAAACAACCUGGUGACUCGCGUGCCGCAGAGCACUGACGAGGAACUCAAGGCGGCCGUCGACAGCGCGCAGAAGGCCUUCCCCGCGUGGCGGGAUACCAGCUUACUGGCUCGUCAGGCGAUCAUGUUCAAGUAUGUUGCGCUGAUUCGGGAGCACUGGGACCGCCUGGCGGCGAGCAUCACGCUGGAGCAGGGCAAGACCACUGCGGACGCGAAGGGGGAUGUUCUGCGUGGACUGCAAGUUGCGGAGACUGCGUGUGGUAUUACCACUCAGAUGACCGGAGAGGUGCUGGAGGUUGCGAAGGAUAUGGAGACCAGGAGCUACCGGGAGCCAUUGGGUGUUGUUGCGGCCAUCUGCCCGUUCAACUUCCCCGCUAUGAUUCCGCUGUGGUCCAUCCCAAUCGCGACAGUCGUCGGCAACACCCUCGUCAUCAAGCCUUCGGAGCGUGACCCCGGAGCUUGCAUGAUCUUGGCCGAGCUCGCUGAGAAGGCUGGUUUCCCUCCUGGCGUGGUCAACAUUAUUCAUGGCUCCGCCCCUACCGUCGACUUCAUCCUUGACGAACCCCGCAUCAAGGCCAUCAGUUUCGUCGGCAGCAACAAGGCCGGUGAAUACAUCUUCUCCCGCGGCUCUGCCAAUGGCAAGCGUGUCCAGGCCAAUUUGGGCGCUAAGAACCACGCUGCUGUGUUGCCGGACUGCAACAAGAACCACGCCCUCAAUGCGAUUGCUGGUGCAGCCUUCGGUGCUGCUGGUCAGCGGUGUAUGGCGUUGAGUACUCUGGUCAUGAUUGGCGAGACCAAGGAUUGGGUCCCCGAGAUUGCGGAGCGGGCGAAGGCGCUCAAGAUGGAUGGUGGAUUCGAGCCAGGUGCUGAUUUGGGUCCUGUCAUCAGCCCAGAGGCACAGAAGAGGAUUGAGGGUUUGAUUGCCAGCGCUGAGGCGGAGGGUGCGACUAUCCUGCUGGACGGCAGGGGACAGAAGCCGGAGAAGUACCCCAACGGCAACUGGGUCGGCCCAACUAUCAUCGCAAACGUCAAACCCCACAUGAAGUGCUACACCGAGGAAAUCUUCGGCCCCGUCCUUGUCUGCCUCAAUGUCGAGACCAUCGACGAGGCCAUUGAGCUGAUCAAUGCAAACGAGUACGGCAACGGUACCGCCAUCUUCACCCGCUCCGGCGCCACUGCUGGCAAGUUCCAGCGCGAGAUCGAAGCCGGCCAGGUCGGCAUCAAUGUCCCCAUUCCCGUCCCCCUGCCCAUGUUCUCCUUCACCGGUAACAAGAAGAGUGUCGCUGGUGGUGGAGCCAACACGUUCUACGGCAAGCCUGGUCUCCAGUUCUACACCCAGCAGAAGACUGUCACCAGCCUGUGGCGCAGCGAGGAUGCUGGAUCGCAGAAGGCUAGCGUGAAUAUGCCUACGCAUAGUUAG